GAAGUUGUCAUAACUGUCCACCUUAGAGAAAAGUUUCAUGUCGCUGCGGAGAGCUAACGGAUGAACCGCUGCAACCGGCUCCUAAAUAUCUCCAAUAUCGCUUUAAAAUACAUUCUUAAUUUUUUAAUGGUGUCAAGUUGUAUAAGAAUUUAACGUUUUAGCGUUAUAAUCUGGCGGCGUCACAGCUGACAAGCGCGAAGAAGAAGUCACCGAGCAUUGUUAGCAUUGUUAGCUACAAAGACCACUAGCAUCUUUGUUUACAUAAAUUAAUGCGCUUGGUUGUUUUGUUUUGAAUUAAUUCCCUGUUUUAAAUGGAUGAGCACAAGGAGAAUAUUCAAACCAAGGACGUCAAUGUGAAGAUGUCUGAUCCCGGAGAAGAAGAAAAGACGAAGCCUUGCAGCAGGGUCAUCCCUGAAGAAGAAUCUGCUCCCGAGGUGUCCUCGCCUCAGUCCAACAGUGACUUCAGUCAUCCCGUGUACAAAGAGAUCGCUCUGGCUAAUGGACAAAUCAACCGCAUGUCACGGGAUGAGUUAAAGAAAAAGUUAGCAGACCUGCAGCUCGACACCAGAGGUGUGAAGGACGUGAUGAAGAAGAGGUUGAAGAGCCACUACAAGAAGCACAAGCUGAUGCAGUCUGCAGGAGACGGGGGGCCCACCGACACCUACUACGACUACAUCUGCGUGGUGGACUUUGAGGCAACGUGUGAAGAGGAUAACCCCGCAGACUUCCAUCAUGAAAUCAUCGAGUUCCCCAUGGUUCUCAUCAACACGCACACGCUAGAAAUAGUGGACUCUUUUCAGGAAUAUGUCAGACCAGAAUUGAACCCACAGCUUUCAGACUUCUGUGUGAAGUUAACAGGAAUCACACAGAAAAUGGUGGAUGAAGCCGACACGUUUCCAGGUGUCUUGCAGCGGGUCGUCGACUGGCUGAAGGAGAGAGAGCUCGGGACAAAGUACAAAUACGCCAUUCUUACUGACGGUGCCUGGGACAUGAGCAAGUUCCUCAACAUCCAGUGUCAGAUCAGCCGCCUCAAAUAUCCCAGCUUUGCAAAGAAAUGGAUAAACAUCAGAAAGUUAUACGGAAACUUCUACAAGGUUCCUCGCGCACAGACAAAGCUGAGCACCAUGCUGGAGAAGUUGGGUCUGAAGUACGAAGGCCGUCCUCACUCCGGCCUCGACGAUUCACGCAACAUAGCCCGGAUAGCUCUGCGCAUGCUGCAGGACGGCUGCCAGCUGCGCGUCAACGAACGCAUCCACGCCGGGCAGCUGCUCUCCGUCCCCAGCUCGGCUCCUGUAGAGGGCGCUCCUCCCCCACACGGCCCCAAGAGCAAAGAUUAGAAACAAACUUGAGGCUCCUGCUUACAGGAAAA